AUGUGGAAGGAUUCCACUGGCAGAAUCGUCACUAAGAAGCCUACGUUGUCGAGCGGCGUGCAAAUACCUCAACCUACUACGCAGCAGCCACAUGACGUGGACCCACUUCAGUCAUUAUCAGACUUUGUGCCCUUCUCAAACCAGGAGGAAGGUGCCCCAAUCUCGCCGCCUAGCUCACAUAACGCCUCGCUUAGCCAUUCCUGGGAAGAUCAUGAUUCUGGCACAGGAACAAACUUUCCUUCAACCACAUUGGACUCAAAUCUCCUUUCUUCAUCGGAAUCGUACUCGCCAAUAGACCAGAGAUUUUGGUCUACGGAUCUGUCGCAGCCUCUGCCUGAGCCGUUGGCCUCUACUGCAUUCGGCGAUGCUCCCUUUGACGAUAUCUUCAACCCGGAUACGGCGAGCUCAUUCAACAACCCAUUUACCACGAUGAGCAAUUAUAAUUGGCUCUUCGACAUGGACCUUCCACGGUCUGGUCAAUUUCAACAAGCCGCUGUGCAAGAACCGUUCACUGCAUUUGCCUUGAACACCACUACCAUCUCACAACCAAGCCAUGCCUUCGACCUUCAGCUUGAUCAUGUGAACGUUGACAAGACUUUGUCGACAGUCGGUCAUUUUGGGUCGCGGACUGACUCACCACAAGAUCAUUCACCGUCUGCAACACUGAUCUCGCCGCAACUUAGUGACGAGGUGCAGAAGAAUGCCCAGGGUAAAGUCAACCAGCAAUCGAGGCUCGAGCUGGAAAAUGCUCCAGUGUCCCCUGGGAUAACAAACCCGAUACCGCACGCCGGGGUAGUCCUCGAUGUAGAGCGUCCGAUGUCGAUGCUCUUUCCGUCAAAAAGUCUACCCAUCAUUGAUGAACUGGCUCGCCAACAAAUGCUAGACCUGGUUGAUAUCACGCAGCCCACUGCACCAGAUGGCAGUAUUGUGAUGCGUGAUCACACGCUACUUACCCUGUCAUGUUUACAAACAUAUUGUGAUCUCUUCUUUACGCGCUUCAAUACCGCUUACCCUCUUAUACACAUGUCGACGUUCGACCCCUCGGAGGUGGACACGCUACUUUUGAUGUCAGUCCUUCUACUUGGGGCCACAUAUGGCGAGAAGGAUGCCCAUCAGCUAGCUGUUUGUAUUCACGACGUAUUGCGGCCGCAAAUAUUUGCGAAUGCUGGAUUUUCGGCGAAACCUAGUUUAUGGGUCCUGCAAACGAUUUUACUUGUUGAGUGCUUCGGUAAGAGUAGGGCGGGGCAAAAGCAGCACGAGAUGUCUCAUCUUUUCCACGGUUUAUUAAUUAACUUGAUUCGGCGGAGUGACUGCCAGAGUAUUCGCCCACCAACAUUGGCUGAUGCCACUGAUGAUUUGGAGGACGACUGGCGAACAUGGCGUGAAGCCGAACAGAUGAAAAGACUUGCAUUUCUAUGCUUCAUGUGGGACACCCAGCACGCAGUACUGUUCUGUCAGUCUCUCUGCAUGUCAGCUUUCGAACUUCGCUCGAACCUUCCAUGCGACCAGUCAUUGUGGGAGGCGGACUCGGCUGAGACCUGGCAUCAGUUGCGCCAAAAGCAGCCUACUCCUCCCAUAUUCCUGUCGUGUUUGAAGAUGUAUCUCCACCCGAAUGCUGCCACCGUACCCAAGAACAUGAACGCUCUGUCAAGAUCGCUGCUCCUGCAUGGUCUAAUGUCCGUUGCAUGGGAUAUGCAGCGGCGAGAUCAGACGUCCCUAGGCGUCAUCGACACCAAUCCCCUGGGUAACUGGCAGACGCGCCUCGCCACGUCAUACACGACAUGGCACAAUGACUAUACAGACUUCUGCAACCAGUAUCUUUCCCGCCUCCCUUCAUCCGAUCAUUACCUCGCCAAGGAGUUCCAAGUCUCUCGCACCGCUACCCUAGCCCUCUACCACGCCGCUCAUAUUCUCCUUUGCACACCCUUUCUCGAUCUACAAAUCUACGCUGGCUCGCGACAUAUUCUCGGCCGGCCAGUUGCGCGCCAGGACUACGCACGCUCACAACGCGCUGUCAAGAAAUGGGUAGCGGAAAACGUGCACGAAGCAGGAAAAGCCGUUUGGCAUGCCGCAGCGCUCGUAAGCGAAGGUGUCGACAUUCUCGAUGGCGAACUGAGUUUUCAUGAUGUCGGCGGUGGACGCUUAUGGCACCACCCUUGGGCUGUCUAUCUCGGCACACUCGUUGUCUGGGGCGUGUGGUAUGCACGCCCUGUCCCUCCUGUUGCAACAGAUCAAUUGCCCACUCACUUAAAGCAUCUGGAUGAUGAGGAAGAUGAGAUUAUCUGGGAUCCCGCGGCAGAAAUGAAAAGCCUGCUUGGCGCGAUACUCCAGAGUGAGCCGGAGAAGUUGCUACAAAGUGGAUAUCAAGGAGGAAUCGCGGGUGGGAUGGGGAAGAGAGGAACGAAUGGCCUUGCUGCAGUGGUUAGUAGGUGCUUGAGUAAAGUUCGAUGGGCGGUUGUGCACGACGGAAUGAUAGUGCUUAGAGGCUUGGUGCAGUGGCGUUUGGUUGGAGGGGGUGGACUCGGAGGACCAUAG